UCCUGGGUGCACGGAUGUUUCAUGUUUGUUUAUGAAACAGGUCAACAGGGGACAGGUGGCAAACAUUUGGAAGAAGUCGCUGGCCACCGAGUUCGCAGUGUGAUCACGCAGAAGAAAGACACGUACGUCGGGUUGCAUGAACAGAUAAAACAAAUCAAACAGAUAAUAGUGUGAAGAUGUUGAACACGAGCAGCGGCAGUAGUAGUUUGGAAACAAAGCCGUCGUUGCUGCAGGAGCUGCGUAGCUUCGACAAGGGUGGCUUCUCCGACCUCGGCCACCCUCUCCUCAACCGCAUCGCCGAGAGCUUCGUCAAAGCUGCUGGGAUCGGAGCAAUUCAGGCCGUGUCGCGUGAGGCUUAUUUCACAGCCACUGAAGGAUUCGAUUCAAGUACCAAUGGUAUUCCACCCGAAAUCUCAGUCUCAGGCAACAAAAAACAACGAUUCCCUGAUCUCAGAGGUGAAAACAACAGAAAAUCUCUUGAAGCUAUGGUGAAGAAUACAGGAAAGGAAUCCUUACAAUGGGGGCUGGCUGCGGGGGUGUAUUCAGGUCUCACAUAUGGCCUGGCAGAGGCUCGUGGAGCUCACGAUUGGAAAAACAGUGCAGUUGCGGGAGCAAUUACAGGAGUGGCCCUGGCCCUCACAUCGGAGGGUUCGUCCCAUGAGCAGAUUGUGCAUGGCGCUAUCACCGGAGCUGCCAUAUCAACCGCUGCAAAUCUUCUUUCUGGGAUAUUUUAGGCUGCUGAUUGGGAUCAUAUAUAGUCCCGCCUGUUUGAAAUGGUACCAGGCAUCCUGAUAGAUUUAAUGAUCUUAGUAAAGAUUGAAACUUUUUACAGAUUGUUUCAAUGAAUCUGUGAUUUUCGAGAGAGAAUAAGGAGGAGAGGAAGAGUCUGUAUAUUUCAUAUAUUUCCAAGAAUGAAAUUACAAAGGCUAUAUGCCCCUCAACUUGGUCAAAACCAAA